CCCAGCAUGCGCGUUAUCACUCUUCUUUCCGCCGGCUUGGUUGCCUCCACGGCCGAUGCGCUUGUUGCGCGGGCUACUAUUGAGAAGUGUCUCACGGACGCCAAAGUUCCAGUCGAUAGAAAAGGCUCUCCGGAAUGGAACGAGGAUGUUGCUCCAUUCAACAUUCGUCUACCGUACCUUCCCACUGCCAUCUCGGUGCCGCAGAACACCAAACACAUCCAGGACUCUGUCAAGUGCGGCAAGAAGCUUGGCAUCAAGGUUUCUGCCAAGUCUGGUGGCCACAGCUAUGCUAGCUUUGGAUUUGGUGGCGAGAAUGGUCAUUUAGUCGUUGAGCUCGACCAGAUGUACAAUGUUACCUAUGAUGCAGCAAGCAACCUUGCGACUGUGCAGCCUGGAGCCAGGCUCGGUCACGUAGCAACCGUACUGUAUGAGCAGUAUGGACGUGCCAUUGCUCAUGGUACUUGCCCUGGUGUUGGCGUGUCGGGACAUUUCACGCACGGGGGCUUCGGCUUCAGCUCCCACAUGCACGGUCUCGCACUCGACUCGAUCCAGAGCGUCGAGAUUGUCCUCGCCGAUGGAUCAGUAAAGACAGCCUCCAGCACCGAAAACUCCGAUCUCCUGUGGGGUGUCAAGGGCGCCGGUUCCAACUUCGGCAUCGUAGCAUCCUGGAAGCUCUCCACCUUCGCCGCACCCCAGGUUCUGACCAGGUUCGGUGUUUCUCUCGGAUGGACCAAAGACAAUGCUGUCGCCGGUCUCGAAGCCGUCGAAGAAUACGUCAGGAACGUCCAGCCCCGCGAAGUCAACUUCCGCAUUGGCGACUACAACAAAGGCCAACCGGGAAUCGAGGGUCUUUACUACGGUACCGCUGAGGAGUGGGAAGUAGCUUUCAAACCCCUCCUCGAUACCCUCCCAGAAGGCUACGAAAUCGCCGAACCGCAACAGCUUAACUGGAUCCAAUCAGUGAUCUCGUACUCCAACUACGAUGAAGUCGACUGGAUCCACCCCAGUCCCCAAGAAAACUUCUACGCCAAAUCCCUAACCCUCAAAGGCCUGAACGGCACCGCCGCCCAGGCCUUCGUAGACUACUACUUCGAUACGGCCAACAAGGUCGUCGACCGCUUCUGGUUCUUCCAGCUCGACUCCCACGGCGGUGCCAAUUCCCAGAUCGCUGCCGUCCCGCAAGACGCAACCGCCUACCCGCACCGCGAUAAGCUCUACAUCAUCCAAUUCUACGACCGCUACGAGAAUGACCAGACGUAUCCUGCGGAUUCGUUCAAGUUCUUGGAUGGCUGGGUCGAUGCGGUUACCGAGACGUUGGAUCGUAGUGAGUGGGGAGCUUAUGUUAACUAUGCGGAUUCGAGGCUCGAGAGGGAUGAGGCGCAGCGGUUGUAUUAUGGAAAGCAUUUGGAGAAGUUGAGGGAGUUGAAGAGCAAGUAUGAUCCUAAGGAGUUGUUUUACUAUCCGCAGAGCGUUAAACCAUCGAAGGCUUGA